GAAGAAGCCAAGACGGAGGAUCCUAUUGCCGAGCUAAUCAAGAAUUAUCAUGAACUCAAUAGUAGCGUCAUCGAGGAGUUCGAUGAGGAGCCGAGCGCUCUCGAGUUCAUGAGAUUCGUCGCUCGAAACACCCCUUUCGUCGUACGAGGCGCCGCGCUCAACUGGGAGGCGACACGGACGUGGAAUGUCAACUAUCUCAAGGAGGUCUUGGGUGACGAGCCCGUAAAUAUUGCCGUCACGCCAGUUGGCAACGCCGACGCCCCAACGCCAUACACCCACCCCGACGGCACCACCACACUAGUCUUUGCCAAACCCCACGAAGAGGACCAGCCCUUCGACGGUUUCCUGACCUACCUCACCACCCAAGAGAAACACUUCACCCAACAGCCACCAAUCCGGUACGCGCAGACGCAGAACGACAACCUCCGGCACGAGUACCGCGCCCUCCUGGACGCGGUGCCGCCCUCGAUCCCCUGGGCGCGCAUCGCGCUCGCCCGCGACCCGGACGCCGUCAACCUGUGGAUCGGCAACAGCCGCUCGGUCACGGCGCUGCACAGGGACAACUACGAGAACGUGUACGUGCAGGUGGCCGGCCGGAAGCACUUCGUGCUGCUGCCGCCCGUCUGCCAGCCGGCGGUCGGCGAGAGGGAGCUGCGCUCGGCCGUGUACGUCAGGGACCCGGACCCGGACCCGGACCCGGACGGGGAGCAGGAGGAGGAAGGGCUUAGGUUGGUGCUCGAGGGAGGAGAGGACGCCGUCGUCCCCUUCCCGACGUGGGACCCGGACAGGCCUGCGGAGAAUGCGACGCCGUAUUCGGCAUUGGUGCGGCCGAUGAGGGUAACGCUCAAUCCGGGGGAUAUGCUGUAUCUGCCUUGCAUGUGGUACCAUAAAGUCUCGCAGAGUUGCUCGCCCGAGGGGGUGUGUAUUGCUGUUAACUACUGGUACGACAUGGAUUUCACCGGGCCGCUCUACCCCCUCAGCACCUUCGUCAGGUCAGUA